GCCCCGCGGCGCCUGGGACGUGGGUCGAGCCCCCUCCCGGCGCGGCGCGGCGCGGCGCGGAGCUCGCAUCCCCGCCGCUGGCCGCCGGGUCCCUGUUGCGCCCCUGGGAGCCGGACGGCGGGCGUUCGGGGCCGGGGGAUCGCCGGAGCCUCGCCCGGGUCGCCGGCCCACCGUGCCGCGCGCGACACCGCCCCGGGGCGCCGAGCUCCGCGGCGCAGCGGACUGGGAGCGGCUGAGAGGCGUCCGCACAGGUGAGGGCGGCGGCCGGCGCUGCGCCCACAGGUCUAGGGAGUGAGAGCAUGGAGGCCUCUCCGGGGAAUGAGUUUGAACCCACUCCAGAGGAGAGGGAUGGCUCAGACUUCAAGGAAGAGGACCAGUUAGCCGCCAGCCACGAAAUAGAAAGUGCUUCCCUCAAACCUGAGGACCUCCAGAGCUGGGAGGAGGAGUUGUGGCUCCACAGAGAAGGCCUUGCAAAGCGUCAGCCUGGAGACCCGGUCCCCCAGGUCCUGGGAGAACCCCGCUGGGGGCAGGGCAGUAAUGACCGAGCCGCGGUGUGUGGCGAGUGCGGCAAGAGCUUCAGGCAGAUGUCCGACCUGGUAAAGCACCAGCGGACCCACACCGGCGAGAAGCCCUACAAGUGCGGAGUCUGUGGCAAGGGCUUCGGGGACAGCUCCGCCCGCAUCAAGCACCAGCGGACUCACACUGGCGAGAAGGCCUAUCGGGUCCGGCCGGCAGCCCCGGGGCCUCCCAGGAUGCCUCGAUCCCGGGUUCCUGCCGGCGAGCGCCCCACUAUCUGCGGGGAGUGCGGCAAGAGCUUCCGGCAGAGCUCCGACCUGGUGAAGCACCAGCGCACGCACACGGGCGAGAAGCCCUACAAGUGCGGCGUGUGUGGCAAGGGCUUUGGGGACAGCUCCGCCCGCAUCAAGCACCAGCGAACACACAGAGGGGAGCAGCUCCCCAGGCCCGCGGUUCCCCGACGGCAGCCAUCUCAGGCAGCGCCAACAGCUCCCAGCAGGCCCAAGGCCCAGGACAAGCCGUACGUGUGCCCCGACUGCGGCAAAAGGUUCGUGCUGAGCUGCAGCCUGCUGAGCCACCAGCGCAGUCAUCUGGGACCCAAACCCUUCGCCUGUGACGUGUGUGGCAAGGAGUUUGCCCGAGGCUCGGACCUGGUGAAGCACCUGCGGGUGCACACGGGGGAGAAGCCAUACCUGUGCCCCGAGUGUGGCAAGGGCUUCGCCGACAGCUCCGCCCGGGUGAAGCAUCUCCGCACCCACAGCGGCCAGAGGCCUCACGCCUGCCCGGAGUGUAACCGGACCUUCAGCCUCAGCUCCACCCUUCUUCGUCACCGCCUUACCCACGUGGAGGAGCCUCAGGACUUGAGUUGCUCAGGCUACCCCGUGGUCCUCCUCAUUCCCAACCCACCACCACCCCCUGAUGGCACCAGCCCCUCAGUGACGCCUCGAAGCCCUUCACAUUCCAGUGAUGGGCCCUUCGGCCUGCCUGGCUUGGAAGCAGAGCCUGGGGGACCCCAGGCUGGGGAGCCACCCCCACCACUGGCCUGCGACAAACCCCACAAGUGUCCCGAGUGUGGCAAAGGCUUCCGACGGAGCUCCGAUCUGGUGAAACACCAUCGAGUGCAUACAGGGGAGAAACCCUACCUCUGUCCCGAGUGCGGCAAGGGCUUCGCUGACAGUUCCGCCCGAGUCAAGCACCUCCGAACCCACCAGGGCGAGCGCACCAGACCGCCGCCACCAUCUACUCUCCUGCGGCCACAUAACCCUCCUGGCCCUGUACCCGUGGUCCCUCAGGCUCGAGUGCGGGGACAGCCCUCUGGACCCAGCCAGCUUCACGUGUGUGGCUUCUGUGGGAAAGAGUUCCCCCGGAGCUCAGAUCUAGUCAAACACAGGCGUACACAUACCGGGGAGAAGCCAUACAAAUGUGCCGAGUGUGGCAAGGGCUUUGCAGACAGCUCUGCUCGUAUCAAGCACCAGCGUGGGCAUCUGGUCUUACGGCCCUUUGGGGUAGCGGAUGACCAGCCAAGGCCCCUCCAGGAGGAGUCACCAGCGGGAAUAGAAUGAUGGGGAGUCUAGGGAGGGUAGAGGCCCAGGGUGUCAGAGAGGAACCUGGGAAACGGUGGGAGGGACGCGAAUAGAUAGAAACAGAGAUUAAAGACCAUAACCGUCAUGCUCAGGAAACUGUCUGGUGUAGGUGCUGGGACCUUGCCAGUAUGAGCUGCUAGAACCCUGCCUAGCGCAGAGCGGGCACUCAAUAGUUUAAAAUUGACGAGCUGGACUCACUUCUAAAACCCUGCUGCCUUUUCUUAACUCCUCCCUCAACUGUGCACGGUGUGUGCAGCCUUUAAUUCCGGCACUCAGGAGACCAAGGCAGGCAAUUCUCUCGAAUUCGUGGCCAGACUGAUCCACCUAGAGAUUUCUAGGUCAGCAAGGAGUACAUGUUGUAACAAAAAAACAAACAAAAAAACCCUGGAUCCUGCCAACUUUAGGCUGGGAAAACAGAUAAUUUGAAUUUGAGGUGUUAAAACAAGGCAGGGGCAUCUUGACCACCCUGAAGGGGAAGUAUUGCCAUGGUAGAGGUGGGAAGCCACCUUUACUUGUGGAUCCCUGGACAUGGUGUGAAUCUAUGCGCUGUUGAGGGCCCUUCCCACCCUGACACUGGGGCACUGAUGAAAUAGAGCAGAACUAGCGGGGGCAUUCAGAGCUUCCAGUCUGGAUACAAACAGCCUAGGUCAUCAUGGACAUCUGCAAAGACCAGCUUGCCGAGCAAGGGCAGGGCCAGUGCAGGCCAGAGAAGCUUCAAGUCUCCACAGCUAAGUGUCUGUCUCCUUACUAAUAAAUUGUCCCUUGUCUGAGGUUUGAGUGUGUAUGUAUAUAUAUGUGUGUGUGUACAUGAAUAAAUACAAACCCCAGCAAGGAUUGAAGUAGGUUUAGAGGCACUGUUGUAGGCAAAUCUAUUGUUGAAUAUUAAUAUUUAUUAUUGAUUUAUCCUUUAGUUAAUCUGGUUAUUCCUAAAUCAGCUGUAUACCCAAAUCACCACAUAGAGACUAGGAUUUAUUUGAUUAACCUAGAGCACAGUGCUGCGUAAUAGUCACUUUAUCCUCAACCUCAAGCCCACGUAGUUUCCUACCAUUCAGAUUUCACCUAUUUGCUUUUAGUCAAAUCUUAGGUCUGGUUCAUCUCUCCUCAUGGUUCCAAGUCCUCUGCCAAUCUCUGCUCUCCUACCCUCCCACUCGCUUCCAUCUCCCCUCCGACCAGGAUGUCCCACCCUGUACUCUCCAUUGCUCAGCACUGUGGCUGGUUGUUCUAUUAACAAUACAAAGAACAAAUGAUGGCAUGUUUACACAAACUUGAGACAGGUGAUGCUUAGAAUAAGCAUCACAGUGCAAUGUCUGGAUUAAAACCAGACAAUGGGGUAGGGAAAUCAGCAUUUGAAUGAACAAGGGUAAACUGUAUACAUUCCACAAGAACAUGAUAUCAACACACAUUCCUCAGCCAUGGUUCUUUAGGAAUCCCUUUAAGUCCAUUCAAUAAAUGAUUG